AUGUCCCUCACCCGUGCUCUACCCCGCGCGUCGCUCGCCCGCCGCACCCUCGUCGUCGCUGCCGCUGCCCGUGGCAAGCACACCCUCCCCGACCUCCCGUACGCCUACGAGGCCCUUGAGCCCUCGAUCUCGAAGCAGAUCAUGACUCUUCACCACGACAAGCACCACGCUACCUACGUCGCUGGCCUCAACGCCGCCGAGGAGAACCUUGCCAAGCUCCAGGCCGCUUCGGACGUCAAGGGCCUCAUCUCCCUCCAGGCCGCCCUCAAGUUCAACGGCGGUGGUCACAUUAACCACUCGCUCUUCUGGAAGAACCUCGCGCCCACCGGCUCGCAGGAGACUCAGCAGCCUUCGUCUGGCAAGCUCGCCGACCAGGUCAAGAAGGACUUUGGCUCGUUCGAGAACCUCAUCACUGAGAUGAACGCCAAGACCGCCGGUAUCCAGGGCUCUGGCUGGGGAUGGCUCGGCUACAGCCCCAAGACCAAGUCGCUCGAGAUCGUCACCACUGCCAACCAGGACCCCCUCCUCACCCACGUCCCCAUCCUCGGCAUUGACAUCUGGGAGCACGCCUUCUACCUCGACUACAAGAACGUCAAGGUCGACUACCUCAAGAACAUCUGGGCCGUCAUGAACUGGGCCGAGGCCGAGAAGCGUCUUGCUGCCGCCCUCUAA